GCCGGCAGCCGCCCGGACGCCUCCUCCAGCCGCUUCGCCUCCGCCGCCGCCGCCCUUCUCGCCUUCCUUCCUUCCAGCCCGCGGCAGCGCCCCGAAGCAGCAUGAGGGAGAUCGUGCACAUCCAGGCGGGCCAGUGCGGCAACCAGAUCGGAGCCAAGUUCUGGGAGGUGAUCAGUGAUGAACACGGUAUAGACCCCAGUGGGAACUAUGUAGGUGACUCCGACCUGCAGCUGGAAAGGAUCAGUGUCUAUUACAACGAAGCCUCAUCUCACAAGUAUGUCCCUCGUGCUAUCCUGGUCGACCUGGAGCCUGGCACCAUGGACAGCGUUCGCUCAGGUGCUUUCGGACACCUCUUCAGACCCGACAACUUCAUCUUUGGUCAAAGUGGUGCUGGGAACAACUGGGCAAAGGGGCACUACACCGAAGGCGCUGAGCUGGUGGAUUCUGUCCUCGAUGUGGUGAGGAAGGAGUGUGAAAACUGUGACUGUUUGCAAGGCUUCCAGCUCACUCAUUCCCUAGGGGGGGGCACAGGGUCCGGCAUGGGGACCCUCCUUAUUAGUAAAGUCCGUGAAGAAUACCCAGACCGGAUCAUGAACACUUUCAGCGUGGUGCCUUCCCCCAAAGUGUCCGACACAGUGGUGGAGCCCUACAAUGCCACCUUGUCCAUCCACCAGCUGGUGGAGAACACAGACGAGACCUACUGCAUCGACAACGAAGCCCUCUACGACAUCUGCUUCAGGACCCUCAAGCUGGCCACGCCCACCUAUGGAGACCUCAACCACCUCGUUUCCGCCACCAUGAGCGGCGUCACCACCUCCCUGAGAUUCCCCGGGCAGCUCAACGCUGAUCUCCGCAAACUGGCGGUCAACAUGGUCCCCUUCCCCCGCCUGCACUUCUUCAUGCCCGGUUUUGCCCCGCUGACGGCCCGUGGGAGCCAGCAGUACAGAGCCCUGACCGUGCCAGAGCUCACCCAACAGAUGUUCGAUGCCAAGAACAUGAUGGCGGCCUGCGACCCCCGUCAUGGCCGCUACCUCACCGUGGCCACUGUCUUCAGAGGCCGCAUGUCCAUGAAGGAGGUGGACGAGCAGAUGCUGGCCAUCCAGAGCAAGAACAGCAGCUACUUUGUGGAGUGGAUCCCCAACAACGUCAAGGUGGCCGUCUGCGACAUCCCGCCCCGGGGCCUGAAGAUGUCGUCCACCUUCAUCGGCAACAGCACGGCCAUCCAGGAGCUCUUCAAGCGCAUCUCGGAGCAGUUCACGGCCAUGUUCCGGCGCAAGGCCUUCCUCCACUGGUACACCGGGGAAGGCAUGGAUGAGAUGGAGUUCACCGAGGCCGAGAGCAACAUGAACGACCUGGUGUCGGAGUACCAGCAGUACCAGGACGCCACGGCUGAAGAGGAAGGGGAGAUGUACGAAGACGACGAGGAGGAAUCGGAAGCCCAGGGGGCCAAGUAAAGGGCCUGGGCCAGGGGCAGUGCUCAGCUCCUCCCAGGGGUGGAUGUGGCCCCGCUCUCCAUCAUGGCCCUCCAUCUUUGCUACCCAUCUGCUGAGUUCCAGGCAACCAGCUUCUAGUUGCUUCUGAUUCAAGGGUUCCAAAUUGAAAAGUUGUUCUGUAUUUAACCAUCUCCCCCUCCCUUGCCCCGAGACGUAUCGGCUAGUGCAGCUCCCUCUCUCCUCCAUGACUUUGAUAACUUCAAGGGCCCUGAUCUUUAUUUUUUACUGGUCUGUGUCUAUUUUUAUGUUUUGGAAUACUUAAUAAAUCUCUUGCUGUCCGGCA